UGGCCAUUGUCUUAGUAUUUCAUAUUUCUAUUUUCUGUAAAUAAAUGAAAUUUUUAAUUUAAUUCUUUAUUCAUAUAAAUAAAUUUAUUUUGAGUUCCAUCUUGUGACAAUGUGGAUGUAUUGGUAUUCAGAUUUCAGACGCAUUAGUCUUCAGGUAUCAUAGAUUAAACUGAUAGUAUUAUUACUUGAUACCAAUUUUAAAAGUGAAACCAAUUGAUUAUGCAACGUUGGUUUUAUCUAGAUUCGCAUUCACAGAAACAAAAGAUUAAACCAAAUAAAAUGAUGUCAGAGAAACAAGAGUCAGUAAAACAUGAAAUCACCUCUCAAACUUGGACGUUUUCAGUGUCUGUUUUGAAUCAUAUAGCAUCUAAAGAGAGAGUAUUUAUAACAGGCAGUAUUCCAGAACUUGGCGAAUGGGACUACAAGAAGAUGGUUCCAAUGGAUCAACAAAGUGAUUCAGACAUAUGGUCCAAGAGUAUAACAAUACCAAAUACGUGUGAUGUGUAUUAUCGUUAUGUUCUGGGUACAUUGAAUGAACAGUCAGGUGAUGUCAUAAUUAAUUGUUGGGAAACACAUAUUAAGCCCAGAGUUAUUCCUGAAAAUAUGCUAUACUCUGCCAUUGAUAGUUUUGGUGAAUGCAAUGGAAACCAUACAGUAAAUAGGGGCUGGUUAACAUGUCGAAAACUGAUUCAGUUUAAGUUUAUCAAUAAUCCUUUAAAGCUGAAAAGUCGACUUGAAGGAAGGCUUGUCAAUAUAAAAGUGACUCCUGUGAAAUUGAGUUUCGGCACAGAACCUCACCCUGAAGAGUCCUCAUUGAGCACUGACACCAUGGAUGUAGAAGCACCGGCUGGAGUUUGUGUGGAAGUAGCUACGCUAGAUAAUGACACGAGUUUGUGUUCACUGCAACCUCAAGAGCAGUUUGGUAGAGAGUACAGACCUAAUGACACAUUGCUUAUAAAUGUGUAUGCCCCAGAGCCUAAAACUAUUGCCUAUCUCAUAGAUUUAUAUUCAUUUAGUUCUAGGGCCUCUAGCAAUGACCCUCCAUGUCAUAUUGGUUAUACUUAUGUUCUUCCUAAUAUGUUCAAACCAUCAGAAGGAGUUUUGGAAUUGCCGGUAACCUGCAAUGUUAAGCAUCGUCCACUUGGUACUAUUAAUUUUGAAUAUAUUAUUGUCUGUCCUAUGGAAGAACCUUUGUGUAACCUUCAAGCUUCUUAUUCAAAGCAUUGGGAUCCCUCUUGGACAGGGUUAGAAGUUGGUCAUCGAGGACUAGGUGCUAGCUUUAAAACGAAAGAGGGUAAUGCCAUACGAGAAAAUACUAUAGCUUCUCUUAAAAAGGCUGCUGCCAGUGGGGCAGACAUGCUGGAGUUUGAUGUGCAGCUCAGUAAAGACUUGAUACCUGUGAUAUAUCACGAUUUCCAUGUGUGCAUAUCUAUGAAAAAAAAGAAGGAAGUAGCUUUUUCUGAGAUGCUAGAAUUGCCAGUGAAAGACUUGUCGUUGGAGCAUCUGCAGAAGCUAAAGGUUUAUCACUUGGUUGAGGGUCGGAGUCAUGAAACAAUGUUUUAUGAUGAAGAUCUAGAGGAACAUCAGCCUUUCCCAACUCUCGAACAAGCUCUCAAAGUAAUAGAUGUACAUGUUGGAUUCAAUAUUGAACUCAAAUGGACUAUGGAACUUAAGGAUGGCACUUUUGAGCUGAAUAAUCCAUUUGAUAUGAACACCUAUGUUGACAAGGUGCUGGAGGUAGUUCUGAAGAAUGGAAAUGAACGGAGAAUAGUACUGUCUUGUUUUAAUCCAGACAUUUGCACAAUGGUACGGAACAAACAGAACAAAUACCCUGUGAUGUUUCUUACAGUUGGUGUAAGUGAGAAAUAUCCUCCAUAUAGAGACCCCCGGUGCUUGUCCAUUCCUGCAGCAGUUCAAAAUGCAAUUAGCUCCGAUAUACUGGGCAUAGUUGUUCACACAGAAGAUUUACUGAGAGAUCCCACGCAGGUGAAGCUAGCAACAGAUGCGGGGCUGGUCAUCUUCUGCUGGGGCGACGACAAUAACGACAAGAACACCAUAAAGAAACUCAAAGAGAUGGGCCUGCAUGCCGUGAUCUAUGACAAACUGGAUCAGUACAUUACCAAAGAGGUUAAGGAAAGCAUAUUCUUGGUGGAGGCUCGCGAGUCCCAGCGAGAGAUCAUGCGCCUGGCCGCACUCGACGCUCUGCCGGCCUCGGAGAGCUCGGGCACCUUACACAUGCCCAGCGAGUCGGGUGUCCGGCCCUACCUCGACCUCAGCGUGAGACACAAGCUCAAUGAACGCUCCACCGUCACCUCCCUGGAGUCCCUCGCCUCCUCCAUCGACAUUCGAGACGACGACAAAAACCUCAAACGCAAUCGCAACAUAACGAACGUAGAUAAAGAUUGCCGUGGUAAAGAGGAUCACACCUCGUUUCUGGGCUUGUUCCCAGCCGGAGACGCGUCCAAAGGCACUCCAAAAAAAGUCCGCCGCGAUGACUAGUCGACCAAAGUUUUAGCCGAAUUUAAUUUUUUUUUUUGAAAUUAUUCAUUUUGCUCAAUUUAUUAUUUACACUUUUCACAAAACGUAUAUUAGUUUUUAAUUAUAUUUAUAAGUGCCGUUUCUUGCCAAAUUAUAUUAUUUCACUUAUUAUUUGCUUCAUCUUUCAAUAAUCCAAACUUCGACGAUGUAUGGUGGCUGUAUUUAUCAUACUUUGACUAUAUUUGGUAUAGUACAGUAGUUCAGAUUAUUGUGGUAUUAUAGUAAUAAUACGAUUACCUUCCUAUUUACUAAUUUGAUGAAAAUGUACCAGAUAUUAUGUUAGAUUAAAAAAAAAAUUGAAAAUAACAUCAGUAUAUUGCUCACUAUUACUAGUGUAUCAAUGAUUUCUGAUACUUUCUUAUAUACAUAAACCUACAUCAGAUAUAUCAAAAGUUUGGAGGAUUCUGUGAUUGUAAAUUGUGUUUAGUUAUAUUUUGUAUUUUUGUUGAAUUUUUUCUUAUCUAGCUCUGUCGGCUGUGCUCACAAUAAAUUACAGUAUCAGUAAACACAUCUUCAGAUGCAAUUUGAUUAAACUUCAUGCCUAUAUAGAUGAUAUCAUCGACAUCAAGUUGCUAAUUUGCAAAUGUCAAUAUUAUGGAUAUCUCUGUAGUUAACUAGUGUUUCUGUGACAAAUUAUUAUUAUUUUAUAAUAAAUUGAAUUUGUACGUUUAUUUAUAAAUUUUUCAACCUAUCCCCUCCACUUGUUUGGUUGUUACGUCGCACAGUACAUGCGCACCAAGUGCGGUUAAAUAGCAAUAGGUAAUUAGUGUCCGCCUCGCUUGGCUAAUUUAAACAAUUUUGAGUUGCUAAUUCACCGUUUAUUCUUUAUUAAAUUUAUAUAGUAUGAAAACGAUUUAAUAAAGAAAUAUACAUGCUUAUUCUAUAUUCCUUGUUUACGACCGCAUUCUAUUAACCUAUUACCUUAUACUCUUUUGCAAAAAAAACGGGCACCUAGGUAAAUAACCUGUUUCACUGGCAUCUUCAGAUUAUUUCAUAAUUCUAAGUAGCUUGUAUUAUCAUCACACUUUAAAUAAAUAAGCACUAAUUAUUAGUAUCUGACAAUUUUAAUAAAAUUUUAAAUUAACUAACAUAAACUUUAUUAUUUACCACAACACCUCAUAAAUGUGCCAGAAAUAUUCUCAAAUGAUUAAAACCUCUUUUGGUAUUGUAUUUUCUAAGGAACGGGAAAAAAACAGCCCGUUUUUUUGCAAAUGAGUUUAUAGCUAUCUACCGAUACCUGAUAAUAAGUAUAAUAGAAUAAAUAUUCAAUACGAAUUACUGUUACACCUUUCAGUUGUUCGGUGACCACUCCGUAUUGGUACGUAGUUACCAACUUAUAGUAUUAACAGCAAGUGUUGAUACAUAAUUUUUAUCUGUGAUAGAUUAAAACUUAUAACAUAGACUAUGAUUUGUUUGUAUCACAAAUUUAUAACCAAAUUUCAAAUAAAGUAUUUAAUAUAAGA